CACGUCAACUUUCUUGACAUAACAAAAUUAACCAAAUAAGUAACCGAAGGUACGAGUGUUUUAAAAGUUUUUGUAAAAAUGAUAAGUGUAUUAAAUACAAUAGAUACCGGUCAUGAAGACAUGAUUCAUGACGCAGAAUUGGAUUAUUAUGGAUUGAGGCUAGCGACAUGUUCGUCGGAUAAUUCGGUAAAGAUAUACGACAUCAAAAGCGGUACACAAACACUUGCUGCAGAUUUAAAAGGGCAUUUUGGUCCCGUAUGGCAAGUUGCUUGGGCUCAUCCUAAAUUUGGAAAUCUGUUAGCUUCCUGUUCUUAUGAUAGAAAGGUUAUAAUAUGGAAAGAGUCUGGGGAAUGGACUAAGCUAUAUGAAUACUCAGGACAUGAAAGUUCUGUAAACUCUGUUGCGUGGGCGCCGCCAGAAUAUGGUCUGAUACUGGCCUGUUGUAGCUCAGACGGUUCAAUUUCUAUAAUAUCGUACAACCAAGACGGUGGUAACUGGGAUGUUAAGAAGAUACCCGGAGCACAUGCUAUUGGAGUCAAUUCAAUCAGUUGGUGCCCUGCAUUGUCUGCCGAUCUCAAUUUUGAUCCUCUAACUAAUAAAGAAGCUCCAAAGAGAAUAGUAUCUGGUGGCUGUGACAAUCUCAUUAAAAUUUGGAAAGAACAAGGUGAUCAAUGGGUAGAAGAAAAUCGUCUGGAAAUGCACAUGGACUGGGUGAGAGACGUUGCCUGGGCACCUUCCCUUGGUUUACAGCGUUCCAUGAUUGCCAGCUGUUCUCAGGACAAGAGAGUCGUUAUCUGGUCCAGUGACGAUAAUGUAUCAUGGACACCUAUAAUUCUUAACACUUUUGAUGAUGUUGUGUGGAGUGUGAGCUGGUCACUCACGGGUAAUAUUUUAGCAGUAUCAGGUGGAGAUAACAAAGUGAGCUUGUGGAGAGAGAACACAGAUGGACAAUGGCUAUGCAUCAGUGAAGUUGCCAAGGGCUUGGGCCAAUCUUCUAAUGAAGAAAGAAGCACACUUUGAAGUUAUUUUUCUAUGAUCUAUAUGUUUACUUGUUUAUUUUUGAUGUAAUUGUAAUAUAAUAAACAUAAUUAAUUUAGGUUGCAUUUCUUUUGUUUCAAAGUCUUUUAUAUGUAUACAAAUGUUAAGUUUAUUUUGUUCUAUUAAAAAUACGCUGAGAGAUAUAUCAAGGAUUUGGACUGACAUUAAUAAUACACAUACAAUAAAUUUAAUAAAAAUAACUUCAAUAUUCGCUAAGGAGCUUAAAUAAAGAAAAAAACCUAUGUA